CUUAGCUUGACAACACAGACAAUCAACAUGCAGACUGUACUUGUAGCUUUGUUGGGAUGCGUUGCCGUGGCAAUGGCCAGUGAAUAUGCCACUGAAUCAUAUGACCCCAAGUACCCCACCAACCCCUACCAGAGGAAUGAUGGCUACUACAAGGAAACCUACCACUACAACAGACAUGACAGCUACAAAGCCCCAAGCUACAAGAGUCAAGACAGCUACAAAGCCCCAAGCUACAAGAGUCAAGAGAGCUACAAAGCCCCAAGCUACAAGAGUCAAGACAGCUACAAAGCCCCAAGCUACAACAGCCACAGCAGCUACAGCUCUUAUGAGACCACCAGCUACAGCCACUGUACUAGCUAUGGAUACGGCUCCUACAUGUACAACACUUGCAAGAAAUGUGCCACCACCUACCAGAGCUACUUCACAUGCCCCAAGAGCUACUACCCAGCUGAGACAUACGUUGCCCAGCCAAGCUACGGACAUGAUAGCUAC